AUGCGUCUUUUGGCUCUAUUGUGGACUCUGAACUUCCUUCUCAAAGAAGGACACACAUGGGGCUACAAGAACGGCAUAUUUCACAACUCCAUCUGGCUGGAACAAGCAGCUGGGGUGUACCAUCGGGAGUCACGGAAAGGGAGAUACCAGCUGACAUACAAGGAGGCCAAAGCCGUGUGCAAGUACGAGGGAGGAAAGAUGGCCACAUACGAGCAGCUGGAAGCCGCUCGGCAAAUAGGUUUCCAUGUUUGCGCUGCGGGAUGGUUCGAUACAGGACGCGUUGGCUACCCCAUUGUCAAAGCUGGUGCUAACUGUGGCUUUGGAAAGGUUGGCAUCAUCGACUACGGUUACAGGCUUAACAAAAGCGAGAGAUGGGACGUAUACUGCUUCAAUCCGAGCUCCAAAGAAUGUGGCGGCGUUCUGACUGAUCAACAGCGGCUCAUCCAGUCUCCUGGCUUUCCAGAGGAUUACCAAGACGAUCAGAUCUGCUACUGGCACAUCCGAGCACGUAUCGGCCAGAGAAUCCUCCUCCACUUCAUAGAUUUUGAUGUAGAGGAUGACACAGCCUGCUUGGCAGACUACCUGGAAGUGUAUGACAGUUAUGACGACGUGUCCGGCUUUGCUGGAAGAUUUUGUGGUGAUUAUUUACCUGAUGACAUAAUCAGCACAGGAAACGUGAUGACGCUGAAGUUCCUCUCGGAUGCUUCAGUCACCGCUGGGGGCUUCCAGUUACAAUACUUUGCCAUGAAUUCAUCUGUUUUGUCACAAAAUUACUCUGACUAUUUCCACUGA